CGGCGCGCGGGGGGCGGGGCCUCCGAGUUGGGACACGCCCCCAAGACACGCCCCUCAGCGCUCUUAAAGGGGCCGCGCCCCCACCACACUCCUGUGGGGGGGGUCUCAUGCCCCCAGGGCCAAUGCCCCGCGGUUCCGGGUGGGAGGCCGGGCUGUGCCCCCGCCAUGGAAAAAUAUGAGGUGCUGGAGCAGCUCCAGCCCGGGGCACUGGGCACGGUGGUGGUGGCUCAGCUGAGAACAGACCAGGCUGCCCAGAAGAAAUAUGCAAUAAAGCAGGUUGAAUGCAUUGACCAACACCAAGCAAAUGUGGCCUUGAAGGAGGCAAAGGAUUUGCUAAAACUGUGCCAUGUUAACAUCUGCACUUACAAAGAAUUGUUCCUGACUUGGAAUAAUGAGGUCUCAUCUCUGUUCCUGUGCCUGGUAAUGCAGCACUCAGGCCAAGGAGAUCUCUCAGCUCUAAUCAGGGAAAAGAGGGAGAACUCAGAAAAGAUAUCAGCCAUGGUGGUUCAGAAGCUCCUGGGACAGAUGGUGGAUGCUUUGUUUUACAUACACAAACAAAAUAUUUGGCACAGAAAUCUGAAGCCAUCAAACAUCCUGGUGACUGGUGAGCCAUCCUUCAUGCUGAGUGACUUCAGCACUGAAACACUGAUGAGUGAUGAGCUGAAAUGGAAAAUCAGAGUGGAAGAAGAAAGCAAGUCUUGGAUGGCUCCAGAAACAUUUGGGUUUUCUUUCAGUGAGAAAUCUGACAUCUGGUCCCUGGGCUGUGUCCUCCUUGACAUGAUGAGCUGCUUUGUUCUGAAGGGUAUCAGAGGGGACAGCAGCUGCCUUGAGGGAGUCCUGACCCUGAUCCAGGAUGGAGAAAGAAACUAUUUGCCUUUCUUCCCACUGUUAUUGAUGAUGCUACAGAUUGAGCCCAGCAUGAGGCCCACAGCAAGGGAUCUGAUCACUGAUCCAUUUGUUGAGAAAUGCCUGAUUUUUGCUGGUGAGACCUCAAUAAAACUGAAGAAGUCUCUGCUUCCCUCAAUAACAGAUGAGCUCUUGCAGGGAGGAGUUGAAAAUGUUCUAGCAUUCAUGCAGGCUUCCUGGGAUGUUGAAGCAGUCCAGGCUGAAGGCAUCCAAUACCUUGCCAGCUUUGUAGAGGAUAAAACUGCAUUCCCCUAUCUGCUGACAUGCACAGAAGUGAUCACUCUUGCCAUGAAGGUUCACACAGAUUCUCUGGAUUUACAAGUGGAAGGCUGCACUUUAUUGCUUGAAAUUCUUAGUCAAGCUCUGAUGCAGGGGGUGACGAUGGCCUUGGAUGAGAGUGUGGCCAGCAGCCUGUUGCACACAGUGAGGGAACAUUCUGAAAAUGAAGAGUUCCUUUCAAUGCUCUGCACAGUCCUGAUGAUGGUUUCAGCCAGUGAAGUAGCUGCGGAGAACUUGAGGAAAGUUGGAAUCAUCCCAGACCUUCUGUCAAUUUUGAGGCGUUUUCUUCACAAUGACAAUAUCUGCUUCUCUUGCUGUGCUGUUCUCUGGAGCUUGGCUGUGAGUGGGAAUUCAGAGGAUAACACAGAGCAAGCAGUGCUGGCAAGUGCUGUCCCUGUCACCUCAGCAGUGCUGCAGGAACACCUCCACAAUGGAGUCAUUGCAGAGUCUGCCUGCUCAGCUCUGUGGGCACUGGCACUCCAAGGUUGCUUAGCUGACAGUGACUAUGAGCCCACAGCAGCACUUCUGCUGGAUGCACUCAGGAUGAACCCAGAAAGAAAAAGGCUGGUGCAGAAUGGCUGCCUGGCUUUAGCCACCCUUGUGAGGCUCUCAGAAACUGCAGCUUUGGCAAUUCUGCUGGACUCCAAGGGCAGUGGAACAGAGCUGAUCAAACAGGAAUAUCACCUUCAUUCCCACGAGCCAGGGGUGGCAGAGGCUCUGUGCCUGCUCAUGAACGAGAUGGUUCAGUAUGAUGAGGUUAUGCUGAAUAUGAGGUCCCACAAAAUGGAAAAGCUGUUGUCUGAAAUAAAAUUCCAGUUUCCAUUCAGCACGGAGAUUCUGACCUUGGUGGAUGCAACACUUUCAAAACUGCUGGAUACAAAAGCCUGGAGCCUCCAUUAGAGGAUUCUUCUCACCAGAAAAAAAGAAUAUUGGGCUAUUAAUAAUAUACAAACGGGUAUUUAU